AUAUAGUGGGUACGCGCUCUCCGCGUGUGUCUUUCCAGAAAGGGGUGAAAAAAGUGUUCUGUUCGUGAAAAGAAGACAUAUUUUGGAAACCUUAUGAAGUAACACGAAAUAAACUUUGCAAGAGGUUUGGAUUUUGUAUACUCUAGUCCUCGACUGAUCGGGAGAUUAGGUAGCCUAAACAUUUGAUCGAAUUCUAAAAUUGCUGCUGUCAAAUUGGAUGAGGUGACGAUAACCGCAGAUUCUGGGAUGCGGAGGAACUGCAGUUUUUGGGGUUCACAAGUACAACCGAUGAAGUAAGCUACAAGACACUUUGGGGACUUUCUCACACAAGAUGGUGUCAGCUGGGAUCCACUUGAAUUGAACCGGGUAGCUGGAUGGCCAAGAGGAUCACUGCCUCUCGAAGACAACGUCAGAGACGGAUGACUGUUUGCCAGUCGGCCUGGGAUGGCUCUGAUCUGCUCUGCUGCAGUACUGCUGUGUCUCUGGGCCGCUGUUUUGGGCAGCUCCCUUUACCCCACCUUCACCCGUGAUGACACCCGCUUCCAGCACCUGGCCCUGCACCCGGACGCCGAAGCCGGCACGGUCUACAUCGGGGCCCAGGACCGCCUCUUCCAGCUGGGGCCCGACCUGCAGCUGCAGGAGGAGGAGGUGACGGGGCCCGUGACGGACAGUAAAGACUGCCUGCCCCCCAUCAACGAAGUCAACUGUCCCCAGGCCCGUCGGACCAGCAACCACAACAAGCUCCUCCUGGUGGACCCCUACUCCCAAGAGCUCAUCACCUGCGGCAGCAUCUACCAGGGCACCUGCCAGAAACGCAGCCUGGCGUCCAUCCGGGACGUGCGCUUCUCCACCGACAGGCCUGUGGACACCCAGUAUGUGGCCGCCAACGACCCCCUGGUGUCCACCGUGGGGCUGGUGGUGCGGGCGCGGGGCAAGCAGGCGGUGCUGUUCGUGGGCCGGGGCUACACCAGCAGCCACCCGCCCAUCUCCACCCGCAUCCUGGACUCGGAGCCCUUCUUCUCCUACGAGGAGACGGCCAAGCUGGCGGUGGCCGGCCGGCUCUCGGAGUACGACCACCAUUUCGUCACCGCCUUCUCCCGCCGCGCCCACAUCUACUUCCUCUUCUACCGCCGGGACCUGAAGUCGCAGUCGCGGGAGUACCGCACCUACGUGUCGCGCAUCUGCCUGGACGACCCCGCGUACUACUCCUACGUGGAGGUGCCGUUAGCCUGCCGCGCCCGUCACGGGAGGAACUACAGCCUCCUCCAGGCGGCCAGCGUGGGCCGGCCUGGGGCGGGGGCGGGGGCCGAGACGGAGGUGCUGCUGGGAGUCUUCUCCACCUGCCUGGCUUCCUCCAAUCGGCCGAGCGAGGACUCCGCCCUCUGCUCUUUCCCCCUGGGGGAGCUGGACCGCCGCCUCGACGCCACGCGUGACCUCUGCUACACGGACGGAGGGGGCGAGGACUCCUACAUCGAGUACGAGGUCAAGUCCGUCUGCGCCAGCCUGCCUCUGAACACGCUCGAGGCCUACCCCUGUGGGUCCGACCACACCCCCAGCCCAAUGGCCAGCCGGGUGCCCAUGGAAGCCGAAGCGCUAUUGGACAGCCCGUCCGCCCGUCUCACAGCUGUGGCGGUCAGCAUGAGGGCGGGGCACACCAUCGCUUUCCUGGGGGAUUCCAAGGGAAGCCUGCACAAGGUGUUCCUGGGGCCUGACGGGAAGGCCCAGCGGUACGCUUCCAUCCCCAUCCAGCCCGAUGUGCCCAUCAGCGCUGACCUUCUCCUGGACCACACUGAGGAGAACCUCUUCCUGAUGACCGGCACCAAGGUGGAGAAGAGGCCGGUGGCUGAGUGCUCCCAGCAUGGGGACUGUGGGUCCUGCCUGGCUGCACGGGACCCGUACUGUGGGUGGUGUGUCCUGGGGGGCAGGUGUGUUCAGAGCUCAGAGUGUUCAGGGCCAGCAGGCCACUGGCUGUGGAGUUUUGACACAGCACAGCACUGUCUCAGUGUGCAGUCACUGAACCCGUCCAACAUCAGCAGAGAGGAGAAGAGAGACAUUCUCCUGUCAGUGCCAGCACUGCCUCAGAUGUCAAGGGGGGCGUACACCUGCGUAUUUCAGAAACACGAGACCCCCGCCAACGUCACGGACACCGGAGUCACCUGCUCCUCCCCCGAUCCCCCGAACGUGCCCCCGUCGCACACUGGAGAGGACCACAUCAGAAUCACCCUGUUCCUCCGCUUUAAUGAGGUCACCGUGGCCGCCCAUGACUUCACCUUCUACGACUGCGUGGCCGUGCAGGAACUCUCCCAGAGUGCACCUUGCCGUGGUUGCGUGAGCAGCCGCUGGGGCUGUAAUUGGUGCGUUCACAAGCACGCAUGUUCUCACAAGACCACGUGUGAGCGGGGAGUAAUCAUUUACAACGAAAACUUCAGUCUACCAACAUCGGCCCCCCCCACCACAAAAGCCUUUGAUAAAUUAAGCCCAACAAUCCCCGCGACAACUCCGGCCCCGGUGAAACCUACGGCCACGGUGGCACCUAUGCCCACCCUCACGAAGGCUGCAGCAACCCCGCCUGCACCUACGCCCGCAAUAAUGCCCGGAAGCCCCACGCUGCCCCCAACCACGCCCUCCCCUCCCGAGGUCACGGCACAGCUCCCUGCGCCACCAUCUACAGCCACCCCGACUACUCCGUCCAUCACGACACCGAGCCUCGCCCUUGCACCGCCCGCAGACGAUACCAACGCCACCCUCCUGGAGCCAGAGCUCUUUGACCCCGAGUCCGACAGCCCCCCACUAACAGAGGGCGAAGCAGAGGGAGCAGAGGAGGUGGAGUCACGGUUUGGCCAAGGCGUGCCCCCCGGCACCACCCUGGGACCACCUCCCUUUGUUCCAUUUGUGGGUGUGGUGACUGACGCGCUCGCCAACAGCACAGAAGUGUUGGAGGAGGAGGCCCCACCCCUGACCGAACCGCCAACCGCAGCCCCGCCCCCUUUUGAAAUCCCCAUACCGACCCCCAACGAUGUCCCCGCCCCCCCUGAGGGGCCAACUGAGCUUGACACACCAACGGAGCCCCCCAUCUUCCCUUCCCCCACUGGUCCUAACGAGGUGACAGGCUCAUAUCAGGGGGGCACCGCACUCCCGCCCCUGGGGGAGGCGGAGACGAUCAACGCGGGUGGCGGGAACGGAAGCUCCAACUCCUCAGCCAAGCUCCCCGUCCUGCCCACCUCCCCCCACUCACGGAACCUCGACUCCAACCCAGGCCCCCAGCACGACCCCGCUGACCCGCCCCCGCCGGGGGACGAGGGCUCCCUCGCGAGGGUGGGGGCGUCUGCCUGCCCCUGCGUGGAGAAGGUGCGGAGUCCCACCCACCUGCCCGUGAACAUGGAGAGGAAGAUCACCUUAGUGGGACGCAACCUUCAACUCUACCAGGAGGAGGCGCUACAGUACGAGUGCGUGCUGAUGAUCGACGGACAUGCCGUGGUUGUGGGCUCGGACGUGGAAACAGAUUUGGAAGACCCCUCCCUCUUCUACAUCACCUGCCAAUCACACAAGUACUCGUACUCAGAGCUCCUGGGGGAGUAUCGCGCUCAGGUGUCUGUGAGGAGGACAGACAUCUUCCACGUGGACAGCCCCCAGGACCUGCAUGUGUCUCUGUACAACUGCUCGGUGGGGCACUCGGACUGCAGCCGCUGCCACACUGCGGAGCAGGAGUUGGGGUGCGUGUGGUGUGGGGGGGCCCACACCAGCUGCCUCUACCGGGAGUCCUGCACAGACCCCGUCAUCCAGACCUGUCCUGCGCCCGUCAUCCACUCCAUCGAGCCUCUGACCGGCCCCCUGGAGGGGGGCACUGCCGUCACCAUCUUGGGGUCCAACCUGGGGCAGAAGGCCCAGGACGUGCAGGACUUGGUCACUGUGGCCGGCCUCCCCUGUGCUCUGGACCACAGCCGAUACGAGGUGUCCUCCAGGAUCGUGUGCGUGGCGUCCCCCAGCGGGGUGGAGAGGAGCGGGCAGGUGGCGGUGGAGGUGAACGGCGGGGGGCACGGUCAGUCCGACCAGGACUUCAGCUACCAGGACCCCGUAGUGAAACAGGUGACCCCACAGAGGGGCCCCAAGUCGGGCGGCACGUCCGUAACCAUCACAGGACAGAAGCUACGCACGGGACAGCCGAGUGAGGUCAGCGUGCUGAUCGGUGACGCCCCCUGUCUUAUCUCGUCGGAGAUCCAGGGGGACCGGAUUGAGUGUCGGACCAGCGGUAGUAGCGAGACGGGGGAGCUCGGAGUGGUGGUGCGUUUUGGCAGCAGUGAGCGCCACCUGCUGGCCGGGGGGUUUCACUACACCUCCGACCCCAACGUGACCCAGGCCGUGCCCUCCAAGAGCUUCCUGUGUGGGGGCCGUGUGAUCAGGGUGUCGGGACACAAUCUGGACGUGGUUCAGGAGCCUCGAAUGCGGGUGACGGUGUUUCCGCUGAGAAGGAGGAGGCGUGUUGCGGGGGACACGGAGGCCCCCAGAGCGCACGGCUCGUUGCCUAGGCAGCGGCGGAUGGUUCCGGAACCCGACUGCCCUGAUGACACUUUCUGUAACGCAGUUAGACAGUUUGAGGAGCGCUGUGCCGUCAGCAGCACCUCCCUCAUCCUGUGCCGGACGCCCCAGGUGGAGGCGAAGGCGCGCCACGCCCGGGUGGAGGUGGAGUUCCUCCUGGACAACCUGCGCUUCGACUUCUCCUCCGUCAGCCAGGGCGGCUUCAGCUACGAGACCGACCCCUUGCUCGUCCCGCUCAACCACAACGACCCCAGCAAGCCCUAUCGACACAAGCCAGGGAGCAUCAUCUCCGUCAAGGGGGAGAAUUUGGACCUGGCCAUUUUUAAGGAGGAGGUGGUGGCUCUGAUUGGGGAGGGGGUUUGCGCGGUGAAGACUCUGACACAGAACCAUCUGUACUGCGAGCCCCCUACCCAGCAGCCCCCUGCGGCUCCAGGCAGCAAGCGUGAGGGCGUGGUGGCCCUCCCCGAAUUCACAGUGCAGAUGGGGAACCUGAACUUCUCCCUAGGCAAGGUGCAGUACGACACCCAGAUCCCACCCCCCUUCCCCCUGGAGGCCCAGAUAGGGGUGGGGGUGGGGGCGUCCAUCGUGGCUCUCAUUGUGCUCAUCAUCGUGCUCAUAUACAGGAGGAAGAGUAAGCAGGCUCUGAGGGAUUAUAAGAAGGUCCAGAUUCAGCUGGAGAACCUGGAGACCAGUGUCAGGGACCGCUGCAAGAAGGAGUUCACAGACCUGAUGACGGAGAUGAUGGACAUGUCCAGUGACGUGGUGGGCUCCAGCAUGCCCCUCCUGGAUUACCGCAUGUACGCUGAGCGCAUCUUUUUCCCCGGCCACCGGGAGUCGCCGCUGCGCCGGGACCUGGACGUGCAGGAGAGCCGGCGGCAGACGGUGGAGCAGGGCCUGGUGCAGCUGUCCAACCUGCUCAACAGCAAGCUCUUCCUCACCAAGUUCAUCCACACGCUGGAGGGCCAGCGCACCUUCUCCCCGAGGGACCGGGCGUACGUGGCCUCUCUCCUGACCGUGGCGCUGCACGGCAAGCUGGAGUACUUCACCGACAUCCUCAAGACCCUGCUCAACGACCUGGUGGAGCAGUACGUCGCCAAGAACCCCAAACUCAUGCUCAGGAGGACAGAGUCUGUUGUGGAGAAACUCCUGACCAACUGGAUGUCCAUCUGCUUAUAUGCCUUCUUAAGGGACUCAGUGGGCGAGCCGCUCUACAUGCUGUUCAGAGCCAUUAAGCACCAGGUGGACAAGGGCCCAGUGGACGCAGUGACGGGAAAGGCCAAGUACACCCUGAACGACAACCGUCUGCUACGGGAGGACCUGGAGUACCGCACCCUGACCCUGAACGUGCAGGUGCAGGGCGGUGGGGGUAACGAGGCCCAGGCCGUCCCCACCAAAGUGCUGGACUGCGACACCAUCACCCAGGUGAAGGAGAAGAUCCUGGACCAGGCCUACAAGACGGCCUCCUUCUCCCUGCGUCCUCACGCCGACUCCCUGGACCUGGAGUGGCGGUCGGGCGUGGCGGGUCACCUGAUCCUGUCGGACGAGGACCUCACGUCGGUGGUGCAGGGAAACUGGAAGCGCCUCAACACGCUGCAGCACUACAAGGUGCCAGACGGUGCGACGGUGGCCCUGGUCCAGAGACACACUAAGCACAUCCACCAUGAGAACCAGGACUACAUGGCAGGAGAGAAGACGCCCAUGCUGGAGGACGCAGACGAGGGGGGGGUGAGGCUGUGGCACUUGGUGAAGGCCAGCGAGGAGCCAGAGCUGCCAAAACACCGGCGGGGCAGCCUGAGGGAGCGGGAGAGGGCCAAGGCCAUCCCCGAAAUCUACCUAACACGCCUGCUGUCCAUGAAGGGUACGCUGCAGAAGUUUGUGGAUGACCUGUUCCAGGUGAUCCUCAGUACCAGUCGGCCGGUCCCUCUGGCCGUUAAAUACUUCUUUGACCUGCUGGACGAGCAGGCCACCAAUCACGGCAUCGCCGACUCUGAGACCAUUCACAUAUGGAAAACCAACAGUUUACCGCUGAGGUUCUGGAUCAACAUCCUGAAGAACCCGCAGUUCAUCUUCGACGUCCAAGCCUCAGACAACGUGGACGCCGUGCUGUCCGUCAUCGCCCAGACCUUCAUGGACUCCUGCACCAUCGCUGAGCACAAGCUAGGCAGGGACUCCCCAAUCAACAAGCUACUGUAUGCCAGAGACAUCCCCCGUUACAAACAGAUGGUAGAAAGGUACUACGCUGAUAUCCGACAGACCAUCUCUGCCAGUGACCAGGAAAUGAACUCUGCCCUGGCAGAGCUGUCUCGAAAUUACUCAGGAGAACUGAAUUACCUGGUGGCUCUGCACGAGUUGUACAAGUACAUUAACAAAUACUAUGACCAGAUCAUCACAGCAUUGGAGGAGGACUCUACGGCACAGAAGAUGCAGCUGGGCUACAGGCUACAGCAGAUCGCUGCUUCUGUGGAGAACAAGGUCACCGACUUGUGACAGUGCGACCAAACGAGGAGAGAGAGAGAACGCGAGAGAGUGAGUGAGAGUGUGGGAGAGAGAGAUUGAGUGAGUGAGAGAGUGAGGGAGAGAGAGUGAGAGAGUGAGAGAGUGAGAGAGUGAGAGAGUGAGUGAGUGAGAGAGUGAGAGUGAGUGAGAGAGAGAGAGUGUGGGAGUGAGAGAGAUUGAGAGAGAGAGUGAUAGAGUGAGGGAGUGAGAGAGAGUGAGAGAGAAAGAGCAAGAGAGUGAGAGAGAGAGAGAGAGAGACAGAGAGAGAGACAGAGAGUGAGUGAGUGAGUGAGUGAGUGAGACAGAGAGAGAGAGAGAGAGAGAGAGACAGAGAGUGAGUGAGUGAGUGAGUGAGUGAGUGAGGUAGGCCUAGCUUCCUGAUAGGGGCUGAGAAUGCAGGAUUUCAGCACUCACUCUGUUGCUGGGAUGACCAGCGCGGUCAGGACUUUUAGCAGCCUCGCUGGAUCCCUCAAGUUUCCUCUGCAACCGUUAACAGAGGUUACCCCGGGUGACAGAGCACGGACUCAUCAGCCAAUCCUAGCACACCACAGAGGGAAGUGGACGGGAAGAUUUGACCUCGAUGGGGGAAAAUGUUAUGACUGAUCCGGCAGCAUUCGUGGAUUCCCACAAACUGGCCCUCGGCAGCUUGGAUUACAACAGCUUGGCUACGGAGUCGGAACGCCGUGCUUUGGGGAAUUUGGUUGCGCUAUUUUCUAAAGCAGAUUUUUUCCCCCUGUCUUAGUUUUAUUGAUUGUUUUUUAUUGCUGUUGUCGUAUCACCACAUUCUUCAGGUACAGUUUGUCGUUUCUCCUUAAAGACUCGCGGAGCUGACUCUCACGUUCUGCACACUUUCCGGAUGCUAUCUCUGGAGAAUGUGCGAUGGGCAUUACUUUGAAAAUCCUCCCCCUCCACAGACGUGUGGUACGGUACUAAAAUAACUCGGUCUGAAAUUCGAAGGCAGUACGUUUGACGGAACCUGUUUUUUCCCCUCAAGCUACUUAAACUGAAUUAAUGUUAAGCUGCAUAAAUAGAUAAUAUGUAAGAUUCAUCAAAGUGAAAAUAAUUCAAUAAUAUCAACAACCCAACACCAACAGUACUUCUUAACAAAGGUGGUAAUGUUACCAGUUAAAACAAACAAUGUACCGUGCGUCUCAAAAUCCGGAGAGACCGUAAAUCUGACUAGUGUCUUGGAUCACCCUAGUUUCCUGUCUAAAGUUACAUAGGCUUUUUUUUGUUUGAUAUCAAUAUCAAGAAGUUCUAAGUUUAGCCCCUCUUCUUCAUUAAUGUGGCAAAUUAACCAAAGUGUGCAGUUUCUUUGAGGAUUCCUUUGUUACGACUUUGAACUGCUUACCUUAAGUGAAAAAUAAUGGCUAAUUUAAGUGUUUUUGUGACUGCUGUCUGUAUUUAAUUAGCAUAAAAGCCUUUGGACGCGAGUAUGAUUCGACAUGAGUAUGUUUUUUUGGGGGGUUUUUUUCAGUGCCAUUUUUUAUAAUUAUUUGAAUUGUGCUUCAGCCAAAUUUUAUUCUUGUCACUCCCCCUGUUAACCCUUUCAGUCCCAAGCCCAGUAUGAAUGGGCUGCACCCAAUUCCGUUUUGGUUGAGAAAAUCAAGAAAGCUGAGAGAAUUUAGGCUCAAAACAAUAGUACAGCAGUCAUUUGGUCAAGAGUACCAUAUGGCACUCUUGGGACUGAAAGAGUUAACACUCCAGACAAGCUGCUCUGUGCAGAAAUCAUAGUGGACUCAGUCGUCACUUCUCUUCCUGUUAGGGCGGCCUGUAGCGUAGUGGUUAAGGUAAAAGACUGGGACACCCAAGGUUGGUGGUUCUAAUCCCGGUGUAGCCACAAUAAGAUCCGCAAGGUAGCAAGAUAAGCAAGGCCCUUAACCCUGCAAUGCUCCAGGGGAGGAUUGUCUCCUGCUUAGUCUAAUCAACUGUACGUCUGCCAAAUGCCAAUAAUGUAAUGUCUGGGGCAUGCGGCAGACACCUGCAAGAGUGCCAGCUGAUGACAUCACAAAAGCAGAUGACAUCACGCUAAAACUGACAUUUUCUCCGGUCCUGAAGGAAAUGGGCUCGAUUCAUCUUAUGUGUUGCAUCACUGAAGUUUGCAACUUUUGGAGAGUCAACACCCAGAAUCUAUGCAAUUGGGUUACCGGAAGCUAACUUGGAUGGUGCAAGCUGAGCAGGCAUCAUCCAAGAUCUCAUCUUUUUGUGGGCAAGCGGUCUUCAAACCCAAGCUCCUCUGUGGAUUGUGUUUUGGGUCGCUUUCUCACUGGGUUUCAUGUUCACCAGGCACGUGCACAGAUAGACACCAACCUCUGCUGAAGCAUAUGAAGUCAGCCCUGAGACAACAAAUUAUUUAUUUUAUUUUGAUUUAAACACAGUCUUAAAAAUAAGAAAUAACGAAAUUGCAGUCUCUUCAAAACACCCUUCCCCCCUGCAGUGAUCACAGUCCAUUUGUUUUAUUACCAGUUCAUAUUUUUCUUCCUGUGCAGAAUGGCUCCUUUCAUGAGCUACAGAGCAUUUCUUAUGAUACAUAUUGUUUCUUGGUCAUUUAUUUCCCACUUGUGACCAGAAGGGGGCAGCAGAUCACACCGGAAGAAGGCAUAUCGCUGAUUAUAACGGGCUUCUUUGUUAAAACAGUUCCUUCAUUCCUUUUAUUUAUUAAAUUAUGGUUUUAAUGAUGAUAUAAAUACUAAUGGUAAAAUAAAGGACACUGUGGUCUGGACAGUAACUUACAUAAAGGAGGUCCUCAACAAGCAUGCAGACACACACACACACACACACACACACACACAAACGAAAGCUCACCACGCUGAAAAUGUUUUUAUUUAUUAUAUUUCUGACUGGAGGCUGCUGAGGCUUUUAUAUUUAAAGAGAUCUGGAAAAAAGAGAAAACAAACCCUUUACACCAUUGUCUAUAACCUCCUUGAUUAUAUGAAUCUACCCCAAGAAUGAAAAAGUCUUACAUUUUACUUUGGAAGGAAAAGAGUGUAUAAGGUGUUGCAUUUAAAGGUAUUUAUUCUUAUUUGUGCUGGGUUACAUGUCGGAUUAAAGACUUUAAAAUUUGAGAAAAAAUAUUGAUACACUUCACUGCUGCUUGUGUAAUUUCUAAACAAUCAGUGUUGUACAGUGGUGAAUAUCUACGGUACAGAAUUGUUGGAAGUGUAGAAUUUAUGUGUGAAGGAAGGGCAGCUUUUACGGGCCACUAUGAGGAAAGCUCAGCAGGGAGGACUGGGUCACAAACCGUCUGAAGGGCUGUGUUCUUUUUUGUUAAUAGCACUGAAUAGCACUACAUUCUGAGUAACUGGGGCGAACCUAUAGCUUCUUAACCUCUUUGAUAAGAGCAAGUGGAACUUCUUACAGAUGGUAAUAAAAUGCUCUUGAAAUGAAA